AUGUCGGAAAUCGACGGCGGCGAGCAUGAUUUGGCGCGUAAGCCCCUGGCGGGAUUGUUUGCUCUGUGCGAAGUGGUCACCACCGGCGCAGAAGCUGGUUUUAUGGACAAGCCACGUUAGCUCGCUUUCUGCCAAUGGGUCCGUCGCGUGAUCGCUUUCAAACCGCUCAUGAUUUUUCUCGCCUUUUCCUUGCAAUAAAUGUCUUCAUUUUGAUCCCAUGGUGUUUUCUUUUUUUUCCUGAAAGCUUUGGUCAAUCAGCCUGUUUUAAUAUUUCUGUUUAUUCUUCCUCCCAGUUUUGAUAUCCUCCGAGGUUCCUAAAGUUCUCUCCUAGAAUGAAAAAUUCUCUAGAGGAAGAAAAGAAUGUAACUCGCUCUUCAUUUUUUUUUUCUAGUGGGAAGGCGUUUCACAAAGGGGUUCACGUCAAAGAGAACGCAUUUCGAAGUAUAAAUGGUAGUUUUGAGUCAUUUUCCUUUUCUCGGGAAACGCGUUUGUCACUUUCGGCUUCAGCUUGAUGGGACGUUCAAAGGCACCUAAGUUGGGUGUUGCCUAUACUAACGUCGGAAAAAGUAGUUCAUGGCAAAACUUUUCAUGAAUUCUCUCUUUGAACUUUUUCAGAAUGCUUCACAGUGAGAAAUUUUUCGUAGUUAUACUUCUCACAGACAAUAAUUUAUACUGAAAAUUUACAUCUUAACUCUUCUAAACUUUCUUAUCGAUGCUAAUAACACAACUUUCUCUGAAAAUCUUAUUAGGUUGAAUUUUAGCGACAAUCUUUAACGAUUGACGGACGUUUCCGAGUCUAAUUUGUUUUUGAUAAAGUGUUCUCUAGAGACAUCUUCGCGUUAGGUUCUAUUGGGCGUUUCGGAGGUUUGGGCGCAGAAUUUUUCUAAUUAUCCAUUGAAAGUAUGACACAGCUUCAGUUAAAUUAAUUGCAAUUUUCCACUGACCGUAUUUUUUGAUAUAAAGUUGUAAAAAUGAACUACAUUAGAACAUUAUCGAAAAAAUUUGAAUUUUUGUCAAUUAAGUUUGUUAUCAAAUAAGUUAUGGCUUUUAAUUCCAAUUUUAACAAAGAGAUAUUUUCAACUUUGACCGUAAAUUAGUAAUGAGUCCAGAUUUUCCUCUGUGGGAAAAGCUUUUUGAUCCCUAGUCAAUCUUCUGAAUACGUGGCAUAGUUAUUACUACGAGCCGAUUUUUUUUUUAUUAUGACUCUCAAGACGUCGUUAAACCAAGGAGAGCCAAAUCUUUGUGGUUGUGCGGCGAAAAUAGCAUAUGCGCGCUUGCGGAUGAGAGACCAACAGGACAAAACGGCGCAGCGUUGCGUUGUGUUUAACCUCCGCGCUCAAAUCGCAGAAAACGUGAAAUUCAACAUCUCUUUGUUGUUUCUUCUCUUUUUUGCCUCAUUCCCCGUCGUUUGCUGACCGUUCGAUCGUUGUUCUGCUACCGGCCUAUCUGCACUUGCAAUCAGAUCUUUACUGUUUUAGUUUUUUUUUUUCUUGUUUCAUGGAAAACAUUUUGAGGGAAUCUUAAAAAUAAAAAAUCACAUUUCUACAUUUUUUUUUUUCUCUUAAAAGCGAUACAAAUUUUGCAAAUAUGUAUCUGAAGAAAAUCUUUUUUUUUUCUUAAAGAUAGAUUCUCCUACUUCGGAGCUGUGAAAGUUUGACAAAGCUGUUUCAACUUUUUCAAUUUCAUCAGGAAGUUGUUGACUGAACUUGUACCUUUUUGAAUUAUUCUAUAGGGAAGAAAAUGAUUGAAUAAAAUAGAAAAAUGAUUUGUUCGCUGAGGAUUUCAGUCUAACAAGACCAUGUUUAUAUAUAUAUAUAUAUAUCUAUUUUUAUUAUUGGAUUACUGUUAAAAAAACAGUCGAAAAAUUUAUUCAAAGAAAAUUUAGACUAUUUCAAAAAAAUUCUCUUCGAAAUUGUACUUUCUAAUUCUUGGAGUCUAAUUUAUAUUAUUGAUAUAUUCUCGUAAGAAAAAAAAAAAGUAAAAACCCGAAACGAUCUGAAACAAAAGUUAGCGCUUUUUUAUAUUUUCGAUGUUCGUACUAUUAAAGAAAACGAUGAAUUAAAUUAUUUACCUAAUAUCGUUCCUUCCAGAUGCGGGAAUUCAAGGUUGUGGUUCUGGGCAGCGGAGGUGUCGGGAAAUCUGCGCUGACGGUUCAAUUCGUCAGCAGCACUUUCAUAGAAAAAUACGACCCGACUAUUGAGGACUUUUAUCGCAAAGAAAUUGAGGCGACUUUUCUCUUUUGAAUAGUUUAACGAUGCCUUUUUUUCAGGUUGAUGGCCAACCUUGCGUUUUGGAAAUUUUGGACACGGCCGGAACGGAACAGUUUUCUUCCAUGCGGGAUUUGUACAUCAAAAACGGACAGGUUCGCCAAUAGAUAAGCCUUUUCCGUUUUCAAAGACCUCUAUAUGAAAAAUGUUAUGUGGAGAGAAUCGGAAAAAAGUCUUUACUGCGAAAAAUUUGGAAUAGGAUGCUGAAAGACUUGCUAUUUUGUUUUUUGGAAUGUUCGAAGCAAACUAAUUUCAAUCUAAUGAUAAGAAAUUUCACGCAAUCUUUUUUUUUAACUUUCUUCUUUUAAAUCAGUCUUUUUGUGUUAUUCAUUUUUCAUCAUAUCCAAAAACUUUCCUUCCCAAUAGUUGUUGAUAUUACUCGAAAAAGUUAUUUUUCAGGGUUUCGUUGUGGUUUACUCGAUAACCAGCCAACAAACGUUUCACGAUAUAAAGACGAUGCGCGAUCAAAUUGUGCGGGUCAAGGUAUUUUUUUUAUAUUUUCAAGGUUAUCUAAGAACGGAAAGUAAAAAGUAAUCUUUUUUUCCCAAAUGUUCAGAAGGAUCUGCCGAAAAAAAAUAUGGAUUAAUCCGUUCAAGCUCUUGCUUCCAACAGAAAAGCGUUGAAGCGGAAUUCACAAUAUUAAAAUUUUCGAUUUCUUUGAACUUUUUCUGAUACUGAUAUUAUGGAUUUCCUAAUUUUUUAGAUUCUUAUUUGUUUCAUUGAAGACAUUUUCGAAUACUUUUAUUUUCAUAUAGAUGAAUUGUUUUUAACUUGAUAAAUUUUACAUGUUUCUCUCUUAAGGGUUCGGAGAGCGUUCCAAUACUGCUGGUUGGAAACAAAUGUGAUUUAUCCCAUCAAAGACAAGUUCGAACCGACGAAGGCCUCGCUCUCGGUUCGUUUACAACCCUCGUUUUGAGCUCGGAAGUAUUUUUAGUUGUUUAAUGGAAGUAUAAAGCUUAAAUUGUAAUUAAUUUCAAUUAUUUUCAUCUCAAAAGUUCUCUUAUCACGUUUUUGUCCUUUUUUGUCCAUCACCUAUAAAAAAGUCACUAAUUGAAAUGAAGUCUCAAAAAGAUAAUGAUUCGAAUCCGACUCUUUCAAGUUAAACUCGGAAGAACGUUUGAAAAAAAGAACAUUUAAAAAAAUUUUUCUUGUUCUUCUAAAAAAAUUUUUUUCUGAACUGUGAUUAUAUGAAGAAACCAGAUUUCUUUUUGCGUGUGGAAAUCUUAUAUGUAAAAACGAAACUAUUUUUCUAACAAUGGAUAGUUUUGAGGCAUUUCCUAUAAAAAAAUAUUCGUCUUGGCUACUUCUUAUUUCAGUUUCAAAAAAAACUUUCCAAAAAAAUAAUCUUUCAACCGAUCUAGCGAAUUUACUUGAUUGAGAAUGAAAAAAAUUGAAAAGUUGAAAACUGGAUAUAAUUGAAUUGAUUAUUUUUCAUGCUCUAAAUAUUUUUUAUUGCAGCGGAGUACUGGUCAUGUCCUUUCACCGAAUGCUCGGCCAAAAACAAUCAAAACGUAAACGUCACUUUUGCCGAAAUCGUCCGAGAAAUGAAUUACGUGCAAAACCGCUCCCGGCAGAGCAAAUCCUGUUGCACGCUCAUGUAA